AUGGCAAGGGCGAGAGGAUCCCGUUCUACAAACACUGCGCUGGAUCAACCAUCACCAAGCCUGAUUCGAGAUAUCUCUACGGCCUCUGAUAUGUCUUGCCCAACCCCUCAGCGUUCGGCAGACUCUCCAGGGUCCUUGUUUGGUUCUCGAAGGAAGGGCAAGAAAUCUCCAGGAAAGCUUUACGGUGGCCUGCUCAGCCCUACCUCUGACAUUAACAGCUUUGGAAGAGCUGAUGUGUCGCUCGACAGCGAACCUCCAUCCAAGAUUGAAUGUCUUGAUGGAGAACUUGUCGCGAUUAGAGCUUCUGGCGCGGCUUCGCCCUGUGAACAGGCUCGACAGAGAAAGGCUUCUGUCACGGAGACGCAGCCCGAGAAGAAAGCAGCCAAAGAGGAUAUUCCUGUAGCUGAGGUCCGUCCGAGACCACGAACUGUGGGCCACCGCAGGGCUCGUACCUUCCAUGCUCGUCCACUCUCGCUUUAUAUCCCAAAUGACGACAAGGCCGAAGAGGAACGUUUCCCGUCCCACUCGCGCCGGUAUUCCAGCGUGAAUGGCUUCGACUCCUUUGCCGCGCUCCAUAGCAGCGGCCCCUUCUCUGCCGAUUCUGAGGAAUCAUCCAUGGUCUUGCGACGAUAUUACGCAUUCCAAAGGGAGGUCGAAGAAGCUCUGAAUCAAUCUCGUCAGCAGAGGCGAAACACGGCCUUUUCGGACGAUGAACUUUCCAGUGA